CAUUCGGUUGUGUUCAGUUUUGUCCGUACUCCGUCAAGUUAAGUUACUUGAACGUACUAUACUCUGUACAAAAUGACUCAACUUAUUAAACUGCUAAUACCCAUUGCAUUCUUGGCAUCAAUUUGUCUGGUUUGUCACGCUCAACCGGCGCCCAAGGCAACCCUCCCCAGACCUAACGAGUGUGGAAAUGGCCAAUCUGACCGGUUGAUUAAUACAGCGCUCCCAUUCUUGGGAGAAUACCCCUGGACUGCGCUGAUCCAGUACCGCAAACCCGAUGGAAAGCUGGAGUUCAGAUGUGGCGGUUCGUUGAUCAACGCGCGUUACGUUCUGACGGCCGCUCACUGCAUCAGUGGAAUCCCGAAGAACUGGAAGAUAGUCGGAGUCCGUCUCGGAGAGCAUGACCUGAGCAACGCUGGUCCGGACUGUGAUGGCGAGCUGUGCGCUGAUCCCCAUGUUGACAUGUCGAUUGACAAGCUGAUUGUUCAUGAAGACCACAACAACCUGCCACACAGUCAAUGGGACGAUAUUGCACUGAUUCGGUUCGAUCGGGACGUGACCUUCUCGGAGUAUAUCAGACCAAUUUGUCUGCCGCUUAGUGAUGAAAUACGGACUAGUAACGCCACUGGAUUAAGGGUUGAAGAAGUUGGAUGGUCCAGAACAGUUGUCAGUUUAGGUAGAAUAAGUGACACGAAGUUGAGAUCCGAGCUGGAGAUUCUGAACCGUUCCGAGUGUGAUACGGCGUAUCAGCAGGAGGAAAUUAUCCUGCGGGAUACUCAGCUGUGCGUGAACAGACCGAAACGUGGAGAAGUAUGUCACGCCAUUGCCGGAAGUUCGCUGAUGCAGCAAGUUGGUGACAGCCUUUAUCUGAUUGGGAUCACUAGCUUUGGACCAAAGGGAUGUGGAAAUAAGAACAUUCCGGAUGUGUACACCAAUGUGGCGAGUUAUGUUGAUUGGAUCGAGAGCAAGAUGGAGUAAAGUGCAGAUCUAUUUUAUGAAACAAUUUCAAACUAAACAAUGAAAAAGCUCAAAAAAUAAAAUCUAACAAUCUGGAACAAAUUAGAA